AUGGGUUUAGUGUUGUUGGAUAAAAUACCUACUCCCCCUUAUUUUGAAUGUUCCGCCGACUUCUACGCAGACAACAACACGCACAGCACCGUCUCCGGCAUCGCGGCGUACCGCUCUGCUCUGACACUGCACUGGCUGGACAAGGGCUCCCAGCAACGAAAGUUCGCGCAUGCGUUUGGGAGUGACAACACAACACUCUCUAAAGACUUGGAGGGAUCUGAGUGUAUGGACUACAUGAGACCCGCUGCAGGGAAGAUCUCCAGGCUUAUGCUGGAGCUGUUAAAAAACCUCGAAAGCGAUGAUGGCGUCAUCCAAGAGUUAGCGCAGACGCUAGCUAGGACCAUGCUGCUCGUGCCAACCUCCAAGUUGGAAGUGGAGCCGGAUUUAGCAGCUCUAGUACGGACCCCGCAGCUCAUGCAGGGCCAACCCCACGACACCCUGCCGAGGGUUCUGGCUGCGGUGUGGAUGCUGGCUGCAGACCCUGGCGUCACUAAGGAUAAUGGCUGGUGCCCCAUUCAACAGUUAACCCAGUACUUGGACUCGGCUACGCCUGUGGAAAUCGCAGUACACAUGCGCGCGGUGGAUCCUAUCCUGUCGCGCGCACGUUUCAUACUAGAAGACUUUUUGCAGAGUGUAGCGCCUAUGAGCAUCAGGUGGAAAGUGCCGACUAUGCUAAUUAUGUCAACUUCCAGAACCGACUUUAGCAAAAAGACCUCUCUAGACGUCAAAAAGUCACCUACGCAUACAAUCGGCCCCCGUUUGGUCUCCAACACGGGUACUCGGAUAACUGCUCAGGCUAUACCCGUUAUGGGGAAUUAUAUUCUGCCUGACGACGAUCCUGCCUACCACGAAGGAAUGAAAAUGAAGAUUCUAAUUUUAUGUACAGUGACAAUCCUGGUUAUUCGCAGCAAUGAAGCCUUUAAUAAUCAUGAAAACUCGAAGGAGGUAUUAAUACCCUACAAGCAUUUAAAAAAAGUCUUAUUAUGCCUAGAGCCAGACGAUCAACUAACCAAACUGACUAAGAGUUCUAUAGAAGAUAUCGAUUUACGUUGGAAACUAAUCGAUGAACAUCCUAAACUCAACAUUGAGUACAAUACAGUUCACAGCUGUAAAGUUAAGAUAGAUGCCGAGAUACAACCUAAAAGAAUUCUUGCUGUUGUCGCUCCAAAGCCACUUAAAACGUCCUCUCAAAUACCUAUGUAUUUUUUUGACACUCCUUUUCUGAACGAGGACGAUGUGGAUGAAUUCCCCAACGGGCUAUUUCCACUUCGUAGCCAUUGGCAGUCUUUGAAACAUGCAUUCAGCCAUUAUUUGACGACUCAUGGAUACCAGAGAUUGGUGGUUGUCUCUGAUGACUCGUAUUAUAGUGCAGCGUUUGAAGCAGAGCUUAUCGAGCAUUUUAAAGAGAAGGAGUUCGUGUUUGAUGUGCUACGAAAACCUAAUAAAGGAGGCUUCGAUCGGGCAAUGAGAUACAUAAUAGAUAACAAAGCGUACGUAAUAAUCGUGAACAUCGACAAGGAGAACGCACAGAAGCUGGCAGACGCUGCGAAGAAGCAUGGCUUGUUGUCGAACCGAUACUUGUGGCUCGUCAGGGAUUGGCCAUUUGAAAACGUCAAACUAUUGAAAUUCACGCUGAUGAUUUCAAUGAAGCUAUCUCCCUACCCCAUCUUACAUUAUAAAGCUAAAUAUGCUCACGACGGACCUAACCUGAACAGUGUGUCGCGAGGGUUAACGCUCAUAUCUAACGCCGUGGAGAGUGUGACGAGCGUAACUGUAAAGGAACGUAUUGAUUAUUACUACAAGUAA